AUGACAACUAUGAGGAGAUAUCAGAGAGUGAUUGAGGUGAACGGAAGGGAGAAAGUAUCACUUCCAAUCGUUAAGUUUCCGCCUUUUAAACUUCGGGCAGCAAUGAUCGAAAAGGACCCGGUAAUCUGGUUGCACUUACUGGAGGUAUACGUUAGUCAUAUAAGGUAUCUAUUGCAUGGUGAUAAUCUUGACUUUAUAAGUGAUCAAACUUAUGAUCAUUUGUGCGUUUUCACGAGGGCAUACUUGCAUGAGAUGAGCGAUGAGGAAGGUAAGUUGUUGUCAUUGGGAAUGAAUAGUGAAGUGUUGGAGCAGCUUAGACUUUUGCGGGCAUAUAUGUUUCAAUUGAUCAAGAGUUGUGGAUUGUUGUAUCUACAGAUUAGUACGGAAACGCUAUGGGAUAUAGUAAGAGUCUACGUUGCGCAAAACCCAUAUACCGUGAGAAAACUAGUAGAUGGAUCGUUGAAACCUACAAUCAACACACAGAAAGCACAGCUAGAUCGGACUUACCAGAUACAGCAACACAUAAGAAAUCUGAUUGAGGCCAAUAAGUUUAGCAGGGUUGACUUGAAAACAUUAGAGCUUCUCUUGAAUGCUGGGCCACCAUCAAAGAAUACUUUCGCAGAUAAUUUUGUCAGCACAAAAUGGGUCGAUACUCUCGAGUCUAUGUAUGGAAAAGAGCCCGGUAGUUACCUUUCUGACUGGGGUAAGAAGUUAGGAGUCUUGAGUUACUUAUCAUGUAGUGUGGGCAACCUCGCUGAUUUAUUGAAAGAGAUGGGUGUGACUAAUUUACAAACGCUUUCGAUGUACCCUCUUUUGGGAUCACUCUUGAUAGAUCCAGAGUUUCAGAAGAGAGUACCGAUGAUCAAAUCGAAGAUAGGAUUUAUAGAUGUUCUGGAAAGCGAUGACUCUGAAUCUCAGUCACAUUCCAAAGCCUCUGUUAAGCUAAACGCAGUUGAUGAAUCGAAAUUGAGCAUGAUCAAGGAACUUUUCCCUGAUCUUAAUACUCAUCAAAUUACACAGUUGUUGUUACGUUACGAUAAUAAUACAGAAAUUAUUAUUAACAACCUUUUCGAGAACCCAUCCAUUAUUGAUUCAUUAGAGGACGAAGAAACAGUGCAGCAAGAGCAGGAUAUUGAACAACAACAACACCAAGAUCAAUCAAAGCCAUACGAGAUUUCUGCACAAGAACACCAAAGAAAGAAAACAGCACUACCGACAAUUACUCCACAAGAUAAAAUCGUUAAAAAGGAAAUAUCUUUCCCGGUAAACGAUGUUCCAGACUCUAUCAGGAACAAAACACUCUCGAGAGCAUUGGCUCUCUUAUAUGAUGCAACAGAAGACGAAAGGGACGAUACAUACGAUGAGGCUGAGGUCAAACAAGCCAGUUCUAGUCGUGUUAGUAUUGAUAUUGGCACUAAAUCAACGGGAAAUAAUGAAGAAGAGACACAUCAACCAGAAACAACGUCGAAGUAUGAUCAAAUCGAAGGUUAUUUAUGGGAAUUGUUGAAGAGAGAUAAAGUGCUAUUUACUCGACAGAAAAGAGGAUCUAAACAACGUUCCGAUAUGAAAAAACAAACCGGGUGGUCUGAUGAACAGAUUGAAGGGUGGUCCAGAAUGAUUGAGAAGAGUCCUAAGAGAGCGCAAUUGCUUGAAGAAAAAUAUAUCUUUAAAGGUAACGUUCGCCAGGGAAAGAAGAACAAAAACUAUAACAACACCAGAAUCGAAGACGCGGAUACUGAAAAUGAGGAGGAAGAAUCCAAAGACGAAAAACCAGGCGGAAAGUCUAAGACUGGCAACAAACCUAAUCAACCAGUAUCAAAAGAGCAACAAAAGAGGAAAAAUGCAAGAAAUGAAAAGAAUAAAUCAAGCCGCGCAAACCAUAAUAGGAAGGCAGGCCAUGACAAAAAGUUGGCAAGAAGCGGCGGACCUUAA